AUGCCGAGGAAGAUCAUUCUCGAUUGCGAUCCGGGCCACGACGACGCCAUCGCGAUCCUGCUAGCGCACGGCAACCCGGAGAUCGAGCUGCUGGCCAUCACGACGGUGGUGGGCAACCAGACGCUGGAGAAGGUGACGCGCAACGCGCUGGGCGUGGUGGACGUCGCUGGCAUUACGGGCGUGCCGGUGGUGCCCGGGAGCAGUCGGCCGAUCGUGCGCCAGGUGGAAAAUGCGCCGUCGAUCCAUGGCGAGUCGGGGAUGGACGGACCGCAGCUCCCGCCUGCACACACGCAGGCGGACCCCCGCAACGCCGUAAGCGUCAUCAUCGACCUCGUCAUGAGCCACGAGCCAAAGACGAUCACGCUUGUGCCGACGGGCGGGCUGACGAACAUCGCACUCGCCGCCCGCCUGGAGCCGCGCAUUGUGGAGCGCGUGCAGGAGGUGGUGCUGAUGGGCGGCGGCUACCACGUGGGCAACUGGAGCGCCGUGGCGGAGUUCAACAUCAAGAUUGACCCGGAGGCGGCGCACAUCGUGUUCAACGAACGCUGGCCGGUGACGAUGGUGGGACUGGACCUGACGCACCAAGCGCUGGCGACGCCGGAGGUAGUGCGGCAGAUCGCGGCGGUGGGCACGAAGCCCGCGAGAUUCGUGGAGGAGCUGCUACAAUUCUUUUCGACUCAGUACAAACGUGAACAAGGCUUCGACUUCCCACCGGUGCACGACCCGUGUGCUGUGGCGUACGUGAUUGACCCGACGGUGAUGACGACGGAGCGUGUGCCGGUGGACAUCGAGCUGACGGGCACGCUGACGGCGGGCAUGACGGUGGCGGACUUCCGCAACCCACGCCCGGAGCACUGCCACACGCAGGUGGCGGUGAAGCUGGACUUCGACAAGUUCUGGGGCAUGGUCGUGGACGCCCUAAAGCGCAUCGGCGACCCUAAGUGA